UUGCCUUUCCUCUCAACACUACGGAGAUUUCGUUUUGUUUGAGGCUGGAUAGAACUGAAAGCAAGCCAGACUCCAAAGCAAAGGGUAUGAUGGCUAAAAAGCCCCCGAAACCUGCCCCUCGCAGGAUCUUCCAGGAAAGACUGAAGAUCACUGCUCUGCCCCUGUACUUUGAAGGAUUUUUACUGGUCAAACGGUCUGAUUACCAGGAGUACAAACACUAUUGGACAGAGCUGAGAGGGACCACACUGUUUUUUUACACUGACAAAAAAAGCACAAUCUAUGUUGGCAAGUUAGAUAUAAUAGACCUCGUGUGCCUUACUGGCCAACAUUCACCUGAAAAGAAUUGUGCAAAAUUCACUCUUGUUUUGCCCAAAGAAGAAGUGCAUGUGAAGACAGAAAACACAGAAAGUGGAGAAGAAUGGAGGGGCUUCAUUCUUACAGUAACAGAGUUGACAGUUCCUCAGCAUGUGUCACUUCUACCUGGGCAAAUGAUUAGACUGCAUGAAGUCUUAGAGAGAGAAAAGAAAAGAAGGAUUGAGACAGAUCAGCUGCCACUUAUGCCUCCGGAGAAAGAGAAGGAGCCAGUACAAGACUAUGCGGAUGUACUGAACCCACUGCCUGAAUGUUUUUAUGCAGUUUCCCGGAAAGAAGCAACUGCGAUGCUGGAAAAGAACCCUUCUUGGGGAAAUAUGAUCCUGAGGCCUGGGAGUGACAGCAAAAACUACUCCAUCACUAUCCGGCAGGAGAUAGAAAUGCCAAGAAUCAAGCACUUCAAAGUGAUGCGCACUGGAAACAACUACACCAUUGAGCUGGAAAAACCUGUAACACUCCCAAACCUUUUCAGUGUCAUUGAUUAUUUUGUGAAGGAGACUCGAGGGAAUUUGAGACCAUUUAUACAUUCAGCUGAUGACAACUUUGGUCAAGAUCCCAACACAGAAGACAGGAGUGAGAAGUUUAAGAAAAAUCCACACAAUGCAUGAAAUAACAUGAUGCCUGUCUUCAUGUAUCUCAGUAUUUAUUAUUUUCAAAAGGAAGACUUUCACUUUUAAAGAAAACAAUCUAUUUCCCUGACCUAUUUUGGGCACAAGAAUAAAAUGAUGUAGCAUAUAAUUUGAUUAUCAGUAGGAAAAUAGCUUACUUACCACCAGCUCUCUGUAGAGUAGCUUGAUAAUAUGCAUUUCUUUGCAUUAAAUAGAAAAAAAAUUAUUUUCUAAA